GGACGAUGGGGGAGCGGACGAUCUGGAAGGACGCGCGGCACGGGAAGGUGCUGGAAGUACAAAGACGCCUCGCCCAAGGCGAGUUCGUCGAUCAAAUGGACGAGCAAGGUGAUACCCCGCUUGUCCAUGCGGCGUCAAACGGCAAAGCGAACGUCAUUCAGGUGUUGCUGAAGCACCAUGCAUCACUGGAUGCUCACCGCAAGGAUCGCCUGUCAGCGCUCCUCCGAGCAAUUCAGAAAGGGUCGAUGGAUUCCGUUCGCUUGUUGUUGGAGCAUGGCGCGAAUGUAGACUCGACCUUUCCCGAUGGGAAAACACCGUUAAUCUUUGCGGCCGGACAUGGCGUGGCGCCAAUGGUGUCGCUGUUGCUCGAGUUCCGCGCGAAUCCGGAUGCGCAAGACGAGGCAGGGAACACUGCUCUGUUGCUGGCAUCGGCGAAUGGAUACCCCCGUGUCGUGCAAUUCCUCAUGGACGCCGGUGCGAACUGCAACCUGCCCAACUACGAGUCGAAGACUCCUCUGAGUGCCGCCGCGUCGGAAGGGCGAACUGAAGUGUUGCACAUUCUUUUGGGCAAGGAGUCGUCGACUACGGACGUUGACGGAUGCAACGAAGAUGGCUGGACAGCAUUGAUUCACUCGGCGGACCGAGGACAUCUUGAAUGCGCCCGAGUGCUGGUGGAACACCACGCGAAUAUCGAUGUCGUGACAACAAACGGUGCGACGGCACUGUGGGUCGCGACAAAACGCGGCUACAACGAAAUUGUUCGCCUCUUACUCAAUCGCUCGACAGCGGUGGUGGAUGUCCCUGUGGGAGGCAUGACGCCACUUAUGGUUGCCGCAGCAUAUGGCUACAUGAGUAUCGUGCAGUUGCUCUUGGAUGUGUCAGCGAAAUUCGAUGCAAAAAAUGCGGACGGAAAAACACCUGUGGACUUGGCUGUGGAACACAACCAUGUUAAUUGUAAAGUCCUCUUGUUGCUGCGCCAACAACACCCGUUGCUGUACUUCGCUAAAGCCGGAGAUUUGCCGAGGCUUAUGGCUCAACUCGAAAUCCCCGGCGUCUCAGUCGACGAACGAGACGACACGAGGAAGACUGCGCUCAUGUAUGCUGCGGUCUCUGGGCACACCCACAUCAUGCGGCACUUGCUGUCACACGGGGCGGAUAUGCAUGCCUUUGACAUGAACGGAGCUACCGCCUUGUCUUUGGCGUCGGGGGAGUGCCGAGCGUUGUUGGAGCGGGAAAUGUUGCAUCUGCUGGUCCGCCAAGGCAAACACCAAGCGCUGCGUGAACUGUUGGACGAAAACGACAACCUGGACAUCGAGCAACCAGACGAGGAUGGAACGACAUUGCUGAUGACCGCAGUGGACUCUGGCGAAGCUGAUAUCGUAAAGCUUCUUCUGGAUCAGAAUGCUGAUCUCAAUGCCAAGCGAGUCGAUGGAAAGACGCCGUUGAUUCUUGCAACAGAAGGCAACCACCUCGGCAGCAAAGCAUAUUUGGAAAAGGAAGCCCUCUUCCGCGAGAAGUUCCCUCUGCUGUACGAAGCUCGCAGCGACAACGUUGUGGCAACGCGCAAGUUGUUGGAGGCAGGCGCUCAAGUUGACGAACGCGACGAUGAUGGCUGGUCGGCGUUGAUGUAUGCCGCGUCGAUGAACAAUGUCGGUGUCCUCAAGGUGCUGCUGGACUUUGGUGCGUCCAUCGGUGGCAGCGACAAGGGGGGCAAGACGGCGUUUAUGGUCGCGCCGAACAAAGAAGCGUUUGUCAAGUUGAUUUUGGAGCAAAGUUCGUCGGAAUUACGAUUCAGCGAGCAAAUGUUCAAAGGGGCGAUCGAAUGCGAUCCGAAGCUGGGCAAGGCCAUUCUGGACGAGUUUGUGAUUGAGCGAGGUCGAUACAACUUGGAAUUCCGAGAACUGGAUCGAAUUUACGGCAAGGGAGAAGUACACGAAUCUGCUUUGUACUCAAUUAUGCACCUUGACACUGCGGAACCCGAAGCGAAGGAGGCAGUGAAGCAGUACUGUCUGCAACACCCGAUGAUUCGCCGUGUUUUGCAACUCAAGUGGGAGUUUUUCGCCCAGCGCUUGUACAUCGAGCAGUUUUUGGCGUAUAUGCUGCUGUUGAUGUCGAGUAUCAUUUCAGGCAGCUUUUAUCAAUUGGAUGAAGCGCCGCGCAACGUGUUGAAGGAACUGGAGAACUUUUUCCAACCGGACUGGACGGCUUCUCCCAUUCCGGUCGUAACGAGUAUCGAUGGCACCGUCACCGAACAAGUCGACAGUAGUGGGUUUCGACUUGCGUUCAACGUGUGGCUCGUCACGUUCGUUUAUGUGAUUGUGGCGUAUGCCAUUGCCCAUUACGGUCUCAAGCCCAAGCGCAUUUGUGCCUUGUCCAAGUGGUGUCGUGAAGGGACGUACUUUGGCCUGGUCAAGUUUAUCGUCUGGGGGGACUACACUGAAUUGGACUGGUCGGAGCAAAUCCCUGACAUGAAGCAAUGGAAGAGCUACGCGAUGAAGCUGUUGUUUGUGCAGUCUUUAUUGUGGACUGCGGUGCUGGGGAUUCCGCUGUUUGCUUACAUCGCGACUCGGUCGGACGCUGAAAUCAACGCAUCCAAGGAUUUCAUCCAGAUGUUCCAAAACUUCAUUCUUUGGCUCGCGGCGCUGUACUUCUUCCGAUGGGAAGUCAAGGAAAUGAUGGGAUAUGGCACGCGCAACUACUUUACGAGCAUCGUCAACACGAUGCAAAUGAUUACAUUUUGCGUCAUCUUGUUCUUUUACGUCCCGUGCCAGCUCCAAAUCAUCCCUGAGACCAUCGUGGCUCGGCAAACCCAGCUUGUGUGCUCUGGUCUCACGACGUUGUCUCUCUGGGUGCUCUUUUUGCAAUUUCUCGAGAUUAUCCCAAGCGCGGGUUACUUGCUGCCAAUGAUGAAGGGUUUGAUGCGCGAUCUGACGCGCUUCUCGAUUCUGUACGGCGUGUUCCAAUGUGGCUUGACGUGUUGCUACUACAUUCUGUUCCAAGGCAAAAUCGGGCAUGAAUCGAUGCUCAAGUCGUUCAGCACGGUCUUUUUCGUGUUGUUUGGACAACUCGAUCAAGUUUUGGAAGCCAUUGACAGCGAAAAGGCCGACCAGCCGCUGCUGUACGUUGUGGGGUACAUUUUGCUCAUGUUUCACUGCGCAGCAGCCAUCGUGCUGCUCUUGAACGUGCUCAUUGCCAUGAUGAACGUGACGAUGCAAAUGGGGCUCGAAAAUGCCCGCAUCGAAGCGCUCGUGUCGUACGCGCACUGCAUUCUCCGCCUCGAAUUGAGUCUCCAGCCCCAAGAACGCCUUGAAAUGAUCUACAUUAUCAAGCCCAAAUUCCUCAAGGACAUCGACCCCGCCAUGCUCUACUCCGCGCCAGAGUCCUCGAUCACCGGGGACGAGUUGCCCGAGUUUGCCAUCAAACGGCAAGAAGCCAACAAGUUCCGCAGCAUCCAUAUCAAAAAUGUUGUCCAGCGAGUGGACGAGACGCAGCCGCUGAUUGUGUCGGCGUCCGAGGAAGGCGCGGCGGCGAGGCCCAAUGCGGUGGGGAUUUUGAAUCCUGCAUUUUACGAAAAGACGACCAAGAGCGAGUACGCGCCGCUGGUCGAGAUCCCCGACAACUCGACCGUGCAGUUUCAAAACGAUGUCAAGGCCGCCCUCACCACGAUCAAGAAAGAACACGCACAACAACUCAACCAGCUCAAGGUCCAGAUCGCCGAACUCACGAAAUCGAUACUAGAUUACCAAGCCACGACCGCCCCCAGUGGCAUGGUGUCCAUGUAGUUGUAAUUCAUCCAACUCUUGACGUAGACGCCGUUGUCAUGUGAGGCGCACGUCCCCGCAUGGCUCGAGAACACAAAGUGCUUCGACCAACUCAUCGCGUAAGCCAAAGCGCAGCGGCCACCGAUGAUUUCACCCAAGUCGAGGCUGUGUCUCUGCACUGUACAGGUCUCACGAGGUUCAACGAUCGGCCAAGUGCUGCACGUACGUUAUGAGUGGGUUCGACAUGUCUGCCACUCGUCCAACGGCGGCCCCGCGUGAAUAAACAAUCACGUGUCCAGACGUUGGUUGUCUCUACUGCCCCGACCCACCUUGGACGACGACGAUCCAUCGCGCGGUCGACAACUCGUUGUUUGAUCCACCAGCUCAAGUCUCUUGGCGCCAAGCCGUGCAAAGACACCUCGUUGUGUUUGCUGUCGCAUGCGUUGAUGUCUCUACUCCACCGAUCACGCGCGGAAUAUACAUGUCUCGAUCGGUGUCACGUGCAAGUCACGUGCCAUGCACACGCAUCCACCAACGAUCACCUUUGCGGACCACGCAUGGAAGCUUGUACACGCAGCCAUGCACAUCCAUCUCACAAUCGCUGGGCAUGCGACGCCAUGAUGUAUCGACGAGCGGUCGGCCAC